AACUUUAAAAAUAACCUUUCUCAAGUUAAUUCCAGCAUGUCGGUAUAACCUCAUCAGUUCUAGCUUGUUAUCCGUCUGGCAGACCGCUUUUCUGUGCGUGAAAAUAAUAAGCGGAUCUUUGAGUUGUUGACGAAACAUGUUUGUAUACAGAAGUUUUUUAUGGGUUACAAGUAUAGUGUAAGAAAGAAAUACAGAAAAUGUAAAGUUGUCUAAUUUUUGGAUAUAGAGAAUAUUUCACAAUUUUGGUGAGUGACGAAGGACCUCAAUGCUGGUAUGGAAGCAACGACAAAAUUACCUCUUGCUAGCGGGGGAGACGAUAUGAAUAUGCUCAGAUGGUCAAAAGAUAUAGAAAAACAAGUGGGUGAUUUUUCCAGCAUUUCGAGCGAAGAUGAAACAGGUUCCGAAUUUGAUACCGAACGAAGGGUAAGGGAAAAUCCGAGUCAAGAAAUAUGGAACCCAACUUCGAUAUGGGACAGUUUGAUGAAUCUUCCCGAUGCAGAAGAUAUAAAUGAACUCUUUUCCAAAGAAGACAUUCAAACAGCAAUACGAAAGAACAAAGAUACUACAUUGCUUUUAGCGACUUGGUUAGGAAAACUGAAUGUGUUAACUGCGUGCUUGAGAGCAGAGGCUUCUUUGGAUACAACAGAUGAGAAUGGCAGGAGCGCGUUACAUUUAGCUGCUUAUGCAGGAAAAAGUGAAUGCCUCAAGGUGCUCCUUGGUCAUGGUGCCAACGUGAAUAUCUGGGACAACAGUCAGCAAAUCACACCACUGCAUUGUGCCGCAGGCGGGGGUAAUUUGGACUGCCUCAAACUUCUCAUAGAUAGCGGAGCUGAUGUCAACGCCGGUUUGAAUAACCCCAGUAACAAAAGUCCUCUUUAUUUUGCGGUCCAAAGCAACGCGGUGGAUUGCGUGAGGGAACUUCUGCAGAGAAAUGCCACUCCAAAUACCCAGCAGGUCUUUAGUGAGACUCCUCUGCACGUGGCCGCAUCUCUUGGCCACUCUUUCACCAUGAAGCUACUCCUAGAACACGGCGCUGCGGUGGAUGUCCAAUGCGGCAGAGAACGCAUGACACCCUUACAUUUAGCAGCCGAAGAUGGCGAUCUGGAAUGCGUCAAAAUUCUUAUCAAUGCUGGAGCCGUCAUCGGUGCCAAAAAUUAUAAGAAACAAACACCCCUUCACCUAGCAGCGUUAUCCCAAUGCACGGAAACCAUAGCGUUACUGAUACGCAAAGGAGCCGAUGUCGACGCUGCGGACUCCGACGGAAGGACGCCUCUCCACUGCUCCAUCGUGAAAGCAUCGCGGUCCUGCGAAUGCGUGCGCGUGCUCUUGUGCGCAGGACCAAACGUUAACAAACCCGACAUAUUCGGAUACACGCCGCUCCACCUAGCCGCUCUCAACGAAUACCCCCAUUGCGUCAUGCUGCUGAUAAACAACGGCGGCGAUGUGACUGCCAGGACCAAAGGAGGUGUUUCAGUACUGACGUUCAUAAUCAGGAAAACGCCUGAUGUGAUAACGAGAUACGUUAUGAAAUUCGACAACGCAAUCAAACUCACCGACCACGAACUGGGCGAUGUAGACUGUGAACUCAAGCUGGACUUUCGCGUUCUGGUACCGACUAUGGGCAACAAGGAAACGGAGCUCCUCUUGAACUUUAUCGAAGUCGGCCAUAAAGAAGUUCUCAACCAUCCGCUGUGCGCGACGUUCCUCUUCCUGAAGUGGAGACGGAUCCGGAAGUUCUUUCUAUUCAGUCUGUUUUACCACUCCCUGUUCGUAUGUCUCUUCACGAUUUACGUAAUCGGCGCAUUCCUGAACGACUGUCCCUAUUCGAAGACAGGCGGAAAGCUGUGUUGGGUGUCACACUAUACGCGAAACGUUGGGUAUGUCAUGAUUUUGCUGAAUAUGAUGUUGCUAGGAAAGGAGCUGUUUCAAAUAGCCCACUCUUGGUUUAUUUACAUGAAACAGUGGGAAAACUGGCUGCAGUGGAUGAUAAUCAUCAGCGUCUUUGUAUGCGUCAGACAAGAUGUCUACAACUGGGAACACCACGUCGCUGCUAUAUCUAUCUUCUUGUCCUGGGUCGAGCUGAUGAUGAUAGUGGGGCGAUUCCCAAUUUUUGGGCUGUACAUUCAGAUGUUCACCACAGUUUCGGUCAACUUCGGAAAAUUCAUGUUGGCUUACUUUUGUCUCUUCAUAGCGUUUUCGCUCAGUUUUGGUGUGAUAUUCGCCAACCACCCGGUUUUCAGCGACCUCAAGUGGGUUCUCUUGAAAGUAAUUAUAAUGAUGUCGGGGGAAUUGGAAUACGAAGACGAUUUCUUCCCAGAAGAUAAAAACCAGGGUAUCAAGUAUCCUUACACAGCCCAGUUGAUGUAUUUGUGUUUCGUCCUGUUGGUUACUGUAAUAUUAACAAACUUAAUGGUGGGACUUGCUGUGAGCGAUAUCCAGGGAUUGCAACAGAGUGCCGGUUUGGAUAGACUAGUGCGCCAGGCAGAGCUUGUGGCACACCUCGAGAGUAUGCUUUUCUCCCGGUUACUCACAUGGGUGCCCCAAAAACUGAUGGGGUGGCUACACAAGACAGCUCUACUGCUGAAGUCUCAAUAUGACUGGGCUUUGUAUAUCCGCCCUAAUGAUCCCAGAGAAGAGAAGAUACCUCGUCCCUUAAUACGGGCCAUUUAUCAGUUGGUGGUGGAAAAGAAAGAUAGGCCUAGGAAUAGGAAACAUGGAAAAUUCAAAUCGGAUUAUUAUUACGAUACGGUUUCCCCUUCCUUAUCGAGAUUGAGUUCUUACAACAGUUAUGGACUCAAAAAAGACCUUCUCGGUAAGACGCAGGUGGAUCUCCUGAAAAUCCAAAUGGAUGACAUAUCGAAUGAAUUUAAAGAAUACAAUAAAUUUUUCCAACAAAAGAUUGAUAAAAUCUACCAGGUUUUAAAUGACCGACAUGGUGAUUGAAACAUUUAUAUUUCCUGUUUUCAACGAAUAGUAGACAU